GAAGCCAGGCUCCAUGGCUGGUGGAAGCGGAAGAGGUCCUUUGUGUGCCUUCCGCCUCUUCUGCUGCCUGUUUCUGCCAAGCCAGUGUUGUUCGCAGUGUUCUCAGGUGUGGAUUAGUAGUCCCACUUCCAGACUGGCUUGAACCCUCUUGUCCUCCCUGUUUGCCUUCCCAAUUCAAAAUGGAUAGUGUAGAAGAACCUCAGAAAAAAGUCUUCAAGGCUCGCAAAACAAUGAGAGUGAGUGACCGUCAGCAGCUCGAAGCUGUGUAUAAAAUCAAAGAAGAGGUGCUGAAAACCGAUGCUAGACUCUUAAAUGGGAACCACGAAAAUGGAGAUCUGGAUCCCACCUCGCCUUUGGAAAAUACAGAUUGUAUUCAAGAUAGAGAAGAAGUGAACGGGAUCGAAGGGAUUAGUUUUGAAUCUGAAGAAAGUAAAACAGAAUUGAAAGAAACACCUUGUAUCCCAAAUGUUAGUGUAAAAAACAAGCAAGAACAGGGUUCAAGUAAUGAACCUUCAUCUCCUAGUGUGACUUCCGAGCCUGCUUCUCAGCUAACCAGUGAACCAGCCUCUGCUACCCCAGCCCCUGCUACCCCAGCCCCUGCUACCCCAGCCCCUGCUACCCCAGCCCCUGCUACCCCAGCCCCUGCUACCCCAGCCCCUGCUACUCCAGCCCCUUCUACCCCAGCCCCUGCUGAUCUGACCACAGAAGAGCUGGCUGCUGGAGUACCAGCCACUGAUGGCUCUCCCUGUGAGGAGUCCCCUUCUAGUGAUCCCUCCUCCCGUGAUCUCACCCUUAGUGAUCCCACCUCUGCAGAUACUGCUUCUGAAGAGCCUGCCUCUGAUGAUCUUGCCUCUGGUGGUUCCACCUCUGGUGAGCCGCUGUCGGAUGAAGCAGUUUCAUGUGAACCAGUUACAGAUGAAGUGGUUGCUGGUGAAGUGGCAGUGGUGUCUUGUGACUUGGCCUCUGGGGAGCCAUCUUCUGAUGAUUGUGCCCGCUCUGGUGAUUUGCCUUCUGAUGAUCUGCCUUCUAGUGAUGAGCCCUCUGGUGGCCCUACCUGUAGCAGACUGGCUUCUGGUGAGCUGGCUCCUGGUGAGCUGGCUGCCGAAUCAGCCACUGAUACUUUUAAACCAAGUUCUGUGCCAGUUUGUGAACCAAGUCCUGAAACUGACAAGACAGAGCAGAGUGGCAAUAACAAUGAUGAUUGUUCAGAAAAAAAUGAAGACAGUGAAAACGUAGACCAAAUUCAAAGUAAAAACUCAUUUGAUGAGGAAGAUAAAACUAACAAUAAUGUUGGUGAGAAGGAAGAAACUCUAGAAACACACAGUGCAAUUAUUUGUUGUGAUCUACCUCCAGAAAAUACAAAGAAGGUAGAGGAAGAGCCCAUUGCCGCGCUUGCUCUCGCAGAAGAGGCCAUCUCCAGCAGUAUGGAAGUUGACCAAAGUGAGAAGGAUGAGCACAAAAGUCCUGCGGAAGCUGAGGAAGCUGUCAGUGACAGUGCUGCAGAAGACAAGAAGGAGACUGCUUUAGACACCACGGACUCCAUGGAAACAGACGAGAUCAUUCCUAUUCUGGAAAAGCUUGCACCUGCGGAGGAUGAACUUCCUUGCUUUUCAAAGACUUCUCUCCUUCCGGCUGAGACAAGUCAAGAUUUGGAAGAGAAAAUGGAGGGUUCUUUUGGCUCACCAUCAAAACAAGAAAGUACUGAGAAUUUGCCAAAAGAAGCCUUUUUGGUCCUCUCUGAUGAAGAGGACAUUUCAUGCGGAAAAGAUGAGCCCGAGGUUAUAUCACAAAAUAAGCCGAGCUCUCCAGAAGUAGAAAGGAAUGAAAAGGACAGCAAAGCUGAGGAGGAGGAGGAGCGAGUGCCGGAUGAGGAGCGGCUACCUGUGAGAAAUGAAUUUUCCAGACGAAAACGUUCUAAAUCAGAAGACAUGGACAGUGUGCAGUCCAAACGUCGGCGCUAUAUGGAAGAAGAAUACGAGGCAGAGUUUCAAGUAAAGAUCACAGCCAAGGGAGACAUUAACCAGAAGCUUCAGAAGGUUAUACAGUGGUUACUUGAAGAAAAAUUGUGUGCUCUCCAAUGUGCUGUGUUUGAUAAGACUUUGGCAGAAUUGAAAACCCGAGUGGAAAAGAUAGAAUGCAACAAAAGGCAUAAAGCAGUUCUUUCCGAGCUGCAGGCCAAGAUAGCCAGAUUAACCAAACGUUUUGGAGCAGCCAAAGAUGAUCUUAAGAAAAGACAAGAAAGCCCUCCAAACCCACCUGUAUCACCAGGAAAGCCUGCCAGUGAUGUCAGCAACAAUAACAAUGUGACCUACAGAAAUGCAGGCACGGUACGACAAAUGCUGGAGUCGAAAAGAAAUGUUAGUGAGGGUCCACCGCCAUCCUUUCAAACUCCUGUGAAUACAGUGUCGUCAGCCAGUCUUGUCACUCCUCCGGCGAUUGUCAGUAGUCAGCCUAAACUGCAGCCUUCGGCGACCUCAGGUUCUCUGCCAGCAGCAUCUCUUCUUCCUGCUCCCAACACAGCCACAGUCGUUGCCACUACUCAGGUGCCUAGUGGAAACCCUCAGCCUACAAUCUCCCUGCAGCCCCUACCAGUGAUUCUGCAUGUCCCUGUUGCCGUAUCCUCUCAGCCUCAGCUCCUGCAAAGCCAUCCAGGGACUAUCGUGACGAAUCAACCAUCUGGCAACGUUGAAUUCAUAUCUGUGCAAAGCCCACCAACAGUGAGCGGGCUUACCAAAAAUCCAGUAUCCUUGCCGCCCUUGCCAAACCCCACCAAACCAAACAUUCCGUCAGUGCCCAGUUCUAGUAUUCAGAGGAACUCUUCUGCCAGUGCUGCACCCUUGGGGACAACCCUCGCUGUGCAGGCCGUUCCCACUGCACAUUCUAUUGUGCAGGCCACAAGGACUUCUUUACCCACAGUAGGCCCAUCAGGACUUUAUAGCUCCUCUAACAAUCGAGGCCCAAUACAGAUGAAAAUCCCAAUAUCUGCUUUUAGCACUUCAUCUUCUGCAGAACAAAAUAGCUCUGCCAACCCGCGAACCGAAAAUCAAACAAACAAAACAGUAGAUUCUUCUGUUAAUAAGAAAAUGGCAGACAGCACAUCACAGAGUGGGAAAGCUUCUGGCAAUGACUCAAGCAGUGUCAUCGACCUCACAAUGGACGAUGAGGAGAGUGGGACUACACAAGCAGAGCCCAAGAAGCUGAGUCAUCCUGCGCCAGCCAUGAGCACUUCUCAGCCCAUGCCUCGACCACUGCAGCCUAUUCAGCCAGCACCACCUGCUCAGCCGUCUGGAGUGCCGACAAGUGGGCCGUCUCAGACGACCAUCCACUUACUGCCUACAGCUCCAACCACCGUGAAUGUAACACAUCGUCCAGUAACUCAGGUGACCACAAGACUCCCUAUACCAAGAGCUCCCGCAAAUCACCAGGUGGUUUAUACAACUGUGCCAGCACCACCAGCUCAGGCUCCCCUGCGAGGAACCGUUAUGCAGGCUCCUGCUGUUCGCCAGGUCAACCCUCAAAAUAGUGUUACAGUUCGAGUGCCUCAGACCACCACAUACGUUGUGAACAACGGACUCACCCUGGGAUCAGCAGGGCCUCAGCUCACGGUGCAUCACCGGCCACCACAAGUGCAUACUGAGCCUCCACGCCCUAUGCAUCCAGCACCCUUACCGGAAGCCCCACAGCCUCAGCGUCUGCCCCCAGAAGCUGCCAGCACUUCCCUGCCUCAGAAACCACACUUGAAGUUAGCACGAGUUCAGAGUCAGAAUGGCAUCGUGCUGUCGUGGAGUGUCCUGGAAGUGGAUCGGAGCUGUGCUACUGUUGACAGCUACCAUCUCUACGCUUACCACGAGGAACCCAGUGCCACUGUGCCCUCUCAGUGGAAGAAGAUUGGCGAGGUCAAAGCCCUUCCUUUGCCAAUGGCCUGCACUCUGACUCAGUUCGUGUCUGGCAGCAAGUACUACUUUGCCGUGCGCGCCAAGGACAUUUAUGGACGUUUUGGGCCUUUCUGUGACCCUCAGUCCACGGACGUGAUCUCUUCCUCCCAGAACAGUUAGACCUUGGAGCCUUCAGCUUCUUUUCAAAGUUGCACAUUUUGGGCUUGUUUUUAAUCUUGUGCAUGAAAUUUAAUGUAAAAUCCACCUUGUGCAAGAUCUCUUGGACAGAUGAGUGUACACACUAUGUUUGUUUAUAACCGAAGUAUAAUAAAUUCAGCCGGUAAAGCAAGUCUUCCCCUGAACAAGUCAAGCUUCAGGGGCUUCAAAUGUAAAUUGUUCCUUGCUUUAGUUAUGAGGCUGGGGAAUUCAUAUGGGUGUCCGUGUGUGUCUUCUUCUUUCUUUCUUUCUUUCUUUCUUUCUUUCUUUUUUGUUUUAAGCUUUAAAUUUCUGGGCGUGUGUUUAUCACAGUGCAGUCCCCAUUUUCACUCCUCAUAUUACCUCUCCUGGUGGGAAAUGAUAGAUAAAGAAUCUGAGGGGUUGCUGGCCUGCUUCUACCUUUAGGGGGAUCUAGAAGAUCAAAGACUCGAAACAAAGUCCAAAGAAAUGAAAAGAAAAAAAAAUAUUUAGCUUAAAGCGGAUUAAUUUUAACAGAAGGGAUAUUCUUUCCAUAAUUUCUUUGAUUUUUUUUCUGUGUUACUGAUUAGGUAAAAAAUUUUGUAUCUGUACCCCAAGUCCCUAAUCUGGCUUCUCCAUUUGUGUUGUGCCUUAGAAGCUACAGAAAUACAUAGACCACAUGCCUGUCAUUGUUUCUUCUCUCUCAGCUUUCAUUUAUUCAUUGCCACCAAGGACACCACACCCUUUAUGCAUUUUUAGAACCGAGUUGUGUAGGGUGUGUUUUCCUCAUCUUUUAUAACAUCACUGUAUCACAAAAUCCAAAAAUUUGACUUCUGUUUUCUUUUAAUUUUGCCCAUUAUUUAGCUGCAUAAAAUAGGCCAUGUUGUUUAAGAAAAUUUAAUGUCUAUGUUGUAUUGUUAGAGAAUCUGCAGGAAGUUGUGGUUCAUCUCAUCACUUAUGGAGAGUGUCCUUUCCCAGACAGUAAAUGCUCACGAAAGAGCUGGAGCUCAGAUCUCCUAAUUCUUCGAGAGAGACCCUUCCUGCUUUAGCCUUCACUUCGAGUGGUGGUGUCCAGUACUGUCUGAUGUCAUCAACUUUGGAUAGAACUUAGAAGCGUGUCCUUUGGGUCAUUUCACACAGCUCCGAGAUCCGGUCAGCUCAUUGUUUCUCUUUCCUCUGCCCGUGCAUGCCCAGGGAGUCAGCCAGGCGCCUUAGAGUUGCAGACGAGGAAGGGUGAGGGUGAGCGAGGCAUUGUGGGAUUUGUGCAGUCACUUUCCAGCUCUUUCCUCCUACAGCAUUUUUAAGACAUACUUCUGCCUUCAUCAGUCAUUCUCUUUUGCUGGCAUUGGAAGUGGGGAGCUCCAGUCCCGUUGUGUAUUCGUGCCUUGGGUGGCUGACAGCAGGAGUCAUCUAGUUGUGACAACAGGGUCUUUGAUGACUUCUCCCUGGCUUUGCUCUGUCAUCUUCAGUGUGCAUGAACAUUUUGGUUAAUGAAGGAAGCCUGCAGUUGCCAAAGUGUAAAUGCUCCUAAGCUUCCACAUGCAAGUCAGUUUCCCCAAAGUUUAGCGUAGCCUGCUGCUGUGCAGCAAGGACUCAGAUUUGUGAUCAUGUUCAUCAUGUUACCAGUGUUAGGCAGUGAGAAUUUGGGAAGGAGGAAAUGAUUUCGUAUGCAAGAUCACCUCUCUGUACCAGCAUGUUCGUUCAUCACGUGUUGUGGGAGGCACAGGGUUGCUGUUCUCAACAUCACUCCUGUCUAUGUCUUGAAAAACAUACGCAAAAUUGGUUUUACUGGCUGGUCUGCCCAAUAGCCAAUGGAAGUUUCCCGGGUGAAUAUUUUUGUUUAUAUUCACUAAUCAUUUUUUUCUCUUGUUCUUUUUUAAAUGUUUCCAUAGUGUUAUAUAAUUAGGUGAAGAAAGCCCAGUAGGAUUACUAUAUUUUGUUGUUUUGGCUUCUACUUGGGGAUUUUUGUCAAAAAAAAAAAAAAUCUUAAAUAAUGGCUCUAGAUGUAACUUUCCUGCAGCAGGUAGUUACCUCCAGAUUGGAAAUCAGGUAUGAAGAGAGACUGUAAUUGUUGAGGGAGAACACUCUUUUGGAUACAAUCUCCUCAGGUGACCUGCCACUAGGCUUCGGCCAGCAGCCACCUUGAGUUUUCUGGCAUGUGCUAGGCUUUUUUCUGUGGGGCAGAUGGGCAUUGGCUUUCUCUCUGGCUGUCUGUGGGGGAGAAUGGAAGCAGCCACAGGCCUCAGCACCCUUGGGAUUUAGGAGCAGUACAUGUCCCAUGGCUCUCUGUUGCCUCCUGCUCAAAGUAUCACAGAUAAGCUCAGUUGUCCCAUUUGGGGGAUUCAUGUUUGCUCCAUUUUUAGCCUGACAAUACUGCUAAGUAUUGCCUCACCGGGAAUCCUGGAAACUUCUCAAGUGCCAUCUUGAGGUGUCAGGUGUUUGUACGGGAAUGAACGGGAAUAGUAAUGUUUGUUACUCUGCUGUGUCAGUACUUUCCACCCCGUUUUAAGCGUGAGCACACCUCUUUCAUGUAUGUCCUUGCUGUUGGCAUACAAAGACAGCCUUGGUUGUGACUGUUAACUUGACAAGGUGACUGGCCCUGUUUCUCUAGGCUCAAGUUUUAAACUGUAGAAUACUUUGUACUGUGCAGUGAAGCGUGACUUUAUGAAAGAAACGAGAGUUUUCUUCCUUAGAAAUAGUGGGCUGAGCACCAUUCCCCUCACAGAGAGGAAUCCUCCUUGACCUCCCCUCCCCCAUGUGCCAGAUAAGGGGUACCUUAAAAGCACGUGUGUCUCAGGGGUUUCAGGCACACCUCUGCUGCUUUCUUUAUACACGCCAGAUGGGUGUUCUUGUUGCCUGCUCCAUUGUGUUAAACAUCUUCCAGAUUACCACUCGUGUCAGUGCCUGGAGACAUUUCACUUCCCGCGAGUUUCCCAGUACUGUGUAUGCUUUAAAAUGCUGUGUGUGGCAUCUUCUCACUUCCAGAUGCUGCUAUCUCACCCUGUAAGGACCACAAAGACAGCCUUCCAAGUCCCUGACUCGGCCUUAGGCCAUUCAGUAUCUUCAUUAUAUUUCCUGCUUCCCUCUGGUUGGGUCACAUGUUUGGUUCUCUUGGAAAUACAUGUCCUUGUGCAUAGAUGAUAACUGGGCAAUUGUGUGAUUCUGCCUGCCUUAAUUAUUUUCUGGGCAAAUGGCUUCAAAGAAAUAUUUGAGGGGCACACAAAAAAUUAGAACAGUAACCAUGAGUUUGUCAGUAUAGGAGGCUUACCAAAUUCUUAAACCUCAUCCCCUUGAGUCAGCUGAAAGGGAGUAGCUGAAGAGACACCGCUCUCAUCUUCAAAUGAUUUUAUCAUGUUCAAACUUUUAUUUUUGUGUUUUUUAUGUAGAGACAACUGAGUACCUAUCAUUUAAAUAUUUAAAUGAAUUCCCCCCUCCUUUUGUAAAUAAGGGAAUUAAGCAAUCAAACACCUGGGAAUCCUAGCUUGAGAUUUAUUAACAAUUUCAAACAUAAAUGUAAAAAUAAGCCCCUCGCAGGACAACCUGCAAUCUGAUUUUUGUUCAUUGCGGUUGAAUGUGUAAAUAAUAAAAUGAUGUAAGGCCUUCCUGAGGUCUCAUUAACUGGACUGUAGCAAGUUGCCCUAUUUUCUGUUAGGUUUUGACAGUUUUCAUUCUCUUUCCUCCAUGUAUAGUAGAGUGCUGUUUGUGUACGUGUUAACUGCAGUGGGGAUUUGUCCAGCAAGCCUGAAAUUUGUACUCUGAAAUAAAUGAUUGGGUUUUUAA